AUGUGCGGAGACAGUCGCCCCAUCGUAUCUGGGGGGGCAACUUUUUGCGCAAACGAAACGACUAAUGGCAAACGAAAAACGGAUCAGAUGAUUGCAAAAAAUGACAAACCCGGCGAGAAUAAGGAAAAAGAGAUUUUGGAGCCCUCACGCUCGACUGUGGCAUCAACGCUGAAACAAGCGAAUGUGCUAUUGACAAGAGCGGAGGUUGAUGCGUGGAUGAACGAGCGCACGGCGUCUGACUCGGACCUCAGUCCAUCCACUGCGAGAUCGUCAGUUGAGGAUACCACUCUGAGAACCGCGAAAAGGCGGAAGAGGCGACGUCUGCCUAAGACGUGUGACUCGAGUGAGAGGGAGGAGGCCUUGCCUAAAAAGAUGGUGCUACGAGCAAGAGGACCUCGUCCAUCCACAGGUCAUCACAGCGGAGAAGCAUUAACAGACGCCAAUCAUCCUGCACCUCAAUCUUCAACAAAUAUGGAAAUGAGGUCUAAGACGGCUGCCGAUUUAACGAGAGAGGUGACGGAAGCUGUGGCAAACAUCACAAAAGUCGCUUCCAAAUCAAAAGGUUCUUUCGUCCGAGUACUUAAGGACGCUGCUGCGACCAUCACGGAAGCUGCGGCUCAACUAAGUGCCAGGACGUCCACAGAGGAAACGAGGAGGUUGCAGGCUGCCAAUGCCCAGCUGCAGGAGGAAGUGGCUGAGCUGCGUGAGAGGGCGUCUGACGUCAUUCCAAGACGCCACGGCGUCGCGGCGCCCGAAUACAGAGUAGGGUUCGACGAACAGACGUGA